AACGUCUGGCGGCAGGCCUGAAACUAUAAGUAGUGCCUCUUCGCGAACAUGCGCCCGACCCUGCGGGCUGUCGCUUUUUUCCUGCUCAUUCCUCGCCGUCCCAGUGUCUGCCCUGUCCCUCCGGAAUACCCAUAAUAAUGUUGGGCCUCGCAGCUUUCUCAAUCCUUCUGGCGGCGUCCGCUAGCGCGCAGACGUACAGCGCCACAUACCUGCCCAGUAACGCCCCCCCGCAGACGGAGCAGGGCCAAGCGGGUACCAACCAGUGUGGAACGGGAGUCAACCAGACCUCCCUCUGCCAAAACGCGUACAUCAACUCGAUCGACGAUUUCUGUAUCUUCGGCCCUCCCGAACCAGGACCACAAUCUGUCAUCGGCAACACUGAGCGCAUCGAGGUUGCAUAUUGUAUGAAGGCUGGCUAUGGCACCCGUAUCAUCCCAGACGGCACCAUGCAGGGCGUAUAUUUCGUCCAGACCCCCGAUUACGUCCAAGUCACCGGCGUCGGCGACUUGACGAAGAUCAACAUCCCUGCCGGCGACGCAGGCGGUGAGCUCGACCCGCAUGGCGCGGACGGCAAUGGCAACCCUAUCGGCGGGCUCGUAUUCUCUUCCGCAUUCGGACAGCUGGCGCAAAUGCACGAGUGGACCAACUUUGUGUCCGCUACCGAAUUCUGCUUCCGUGCCUGCAAGGACGGACCCGGCGCACCCGCGCUCUGCCAGCACAUCUACGACGAGAUGGGCUGUAUGUGGAACAUGCCCGGCAACUACAGCCCGGGUGCCUUUGAGCAGUGCGCCGGUGACUCUGGCGAGCCGAUGGGUGUGUACGGCACGUCCACCUUCUACCAAGGCCAGCCGAGCACCCCCUCCGCGCACCCCGCGCCUGCCACCUCCUCCUGCACGUCGCACAGCACCAUCGGCAACGGCCUGGCCGUCUCCGGGUCCAGCAUCAUCUCCUCCGCGUCGACCACCAGCGCCUCCGCAACUUCGUCAGGCGCGCGUUCGAGUGUGGGUAGCACCUCUUCUUCUUCUGCCACGGGGUCGAGUGCAUCGCAAACCGUUGGCUCACGCUCUUCUUCGUUGUCACAGGGCGCGAGCGGCAGCAGGACCGCGUCGGGCGGCGCGUCUGCGACGAAUAGCAACAGCUCGGCGGCCCGCCUGUCAGCGGGCUAUGGCUGGGAGCAGGCGGUGAUGACUCUCGGCUUGGGCGUCAUCGGCUCGCUUGUCGGCGCUGUCAUGGUCUUGUAGAGGGAUGGAUGAAUGAAUGCCCAUCUCGCAAGCGAUGGAACGUUCUUGGGGUAAUUUGACCGCAUUUAUGACCCCUGCUGCAUCUAUUGUCAGAUUUCACGGGCGGCUUCGCCAAUUACGACUGGGUUAGGACAUCACACUAUUACGGAUGACUUACGGACAUCUUGUUUUACGUUUUCCUCGAUCUCGUACACAUAUCUGUUUAAUCAUGUUGUUGCUCGCCCGCUCCUGUCGCUCCUUUAAUGAGAUGUUGUAAAAUCUUA